UCGAAUAAACACGAAACUGUAACUGUCACGAAUAUACGUCAAUGCGUUUAGUCUUACGCUAGUAUAAAAGAUGGUUUAAACUCUGCGGAAAUUGCGAUUUAUGUUAUCUCUUUCUUAGAAGAUAAGAACGAAAUCAUUUCUUGGAACAAUGGCUAGAUAUCAACCAGUCAAACUCGCCCAUCGUGUGUUUGAAGCUAUCGGUGGAUGCGAUAAGAAAAAACCACCUGUCAUUUUUAUGCAUGCUAUGUUGUGCUCUAAGGAAGUGUGGGAAACUAUACCUCAGCGAGUGGCAGAAUUGACUAAGAGAAAGGUCUUUACUUACGACGCCAGAAACCAUGGUGAGAGUGAGUAUACGAAGGAUUCUAGUUUCCAUAACAAUCUUCAGGACCUCUACACUUUCAUGGAUCGUAUGGACAUCAAAGAUUCUGUUUUGGUCGGCCACAGUUUUGGAGGAUUGACUGCCAUCAGUGCUGCAUUGCAGGAACCAAAGAAAGUUGAGAAAGCAUUUAUUGUGGACAUGUAUGUGAAGAAAAUCCAGCAAGAAUUGGUGGAUCGGUCCUUUAGAUUCAUGAACAUUUGGACAGAGGUGGUCAGAAGUCUUCCCAAAGACACCCCCGAAGUCGAUAUCACUAGAAUAAGUGUACCUCUUCUGUACGAAAAAUUACCUGAAGAAAUGAAACUCCAAUCCGAAAAGGAAGCUUACCUGAUGUCAAAGUUCUUGUACAAAAGAAGACCAGAUGGAGGAUAUGAUAUGCGGUUCAACACUGAAGCUCUUGCUGAUGCUCUCAAACAGUACCGGGAUUCUCCCAUUGUUCACAGUGGACUAUAUGAUGGCCCAGCUUACUUCAUUCAUGGGUCCAAAUCACCAUUCAAUGUAGGUUCCGAGGAGGCAGACAUCAAGAAAUACUUUCCAAAGGCUGAGAUGAUAGAAUUCAAAGGUGCUUCACAUCAUCUUUUUGUGGAUUUUCCUGACAAAUUCGUGGAAACACUUGUUAAAAGAAUAGAAUAAGGAUGCAAAUGUGACUCAGUGAACUGUUUAAGAUAUCCGGAGCAAAGCUUUAAGUAUUUUUUAGUCUAAAUGUUCGAACUAAAGUUAAUAAAAUUUUCCUGUUCCA